CAUCCUCCCUCCGCAUCCACACCGAUCUAGGGUUUCCUGCUAGGGUUUUGGUCCUUCGUUUUCGGCGGCGCAAGAUGGGGGCGAGGGUCAAGGGAACCGUGAAGUGGUUCAACGUCACCAAGGGGUUCGGCUUCAUCUCCCCGGAGGACGGCAGCGAGGACCUCUUCGUCCACCAGUCCGCCAUCAAGUCCGACGGCUACCGCAGCCUCAACGAGAACGACGUCGUCGAGUUCGAUGUCAUCACCGGCGACGACGGGCGCACCAAGGCCUCCGACGUCACCGCACCAGGAGGAGGCGCUCUCUCCGGCGGCUCCCGCCCUAGCGAUGGCGGUGGUGGCCGCGGCGGCUACGGAGGCGGCGGCGGCGGCUACGGCGGUGGCGGUGGCGGCUACGGCGGAGGUGGCGGCGGCUACGGAGGCGGUGGCGGCGGCUACGGUGGAGGUGGUUAUGGAGGCGGCGGUGGCGGCGGCCGUGGGUGCUACAAGUGCGGCGAGGAGGGCCACAUCUCCAGGGACUGCCCCCAGGGCGGCGGCGGUGGCUACGGAGGAGGUGGCGGCGGCGGCCGCGAGUGCUACAAGUGCGGCGAGGAGGGCCACAUCUCCAGGGACUGCCCCCAGGGCGGCGGCGGUGGCGGCGGCUACGGUGGGGGCGGCUACGGCGGCGGUGGCGGCCGUGGUGGUGGCGGCGGCGGCGGCGGUGGCGGCUGCUUCUCCUGCGGCGAGUCUGGCCACUUCUCCCGCGAGUGCCCCAACAAGGCCCACUAAGCGGCGCAGCCCGUCAGAUCUGAGUGCCCCCUUCCCCUUCGCUCCUUUUCCUAUCUCCUGAUCCUGCAUCAAGUCAUACCUAUACCCAUCAGUACUAGUAUUAGUCGCCGUAGCGUUUCCCCGUGCUGCUCCAUGCGAGCUUGGAUCCAGAAGAAUUGCUGGUGGUUUGUCCGUUAAAGAUCCAAGUUAUUUUGUUGUGUCUCUGUGAUGAGGACACAGAUCUAUCUCUUAUGUAUUGGAUGAACUAAGUUAUCGAAGUCAAGUUUGGUGUCUAA